CCAAGCGGGUCUGUCAAAAUAAAAAGAAGCGUCUCGCUCCGACUCACUCCAAAUUCAAUUUUUCAAUCACUCUAAUUUAGGAGGAUACGUUAUAAUUGAUUGACAUGAAAGGGGUCGCAAUACUAAUUCUCGGAGUCCUGUUGGUUGUCCAAUCAACCGAGGCUGGAAUUCGUUCCAGGGUGUCAAGCGACAGAGAUCGCUCCCAAAGGUCCAGUUACAACACCCAAACCAGUGGUAUCCAGAACCCGAAAAACCUGAAAUCGUCGUCGGAGAGUGUCAGGAAAGGCAGUGCGAUAUCUGCGUGGGGAAUAAUCGGAUUGAUCCUUGCUGCAAUAAUCAUCACCACGACUGGUUACUAUGCCUUCGUAUUCUAUCCCUAUCUCUGUAAAAAGGAGCGCAAUUACGACAUGAUCGAACUGACGAAUGUCGUAUGA